GAUGGACAACAACGACCUGUAUCUGACUUAUCAUGGUCUUCUGCUCCCCAAGAUUUCUCAUUCUGUGGAGAGUAUCAGUUAUUUUGAGAAGUUCGAAUUUAAGGACGACGACGUGAUUGCAGUUACCUACCCAAAGUCAGGUACAACAUGGAUACAAGAAAUUCUCCCUCCAAUCCUGAAUGGAGGAGACCUUACUCCAGUGCUGACCAUCCCAAACUGGGACAGGGUACCAUGGCUAGAGGAGACACGAGCUGCCCUAAACAUGGACAAGCUGAGCUCUCCUCGAGCAUUUGUCUCCCAUAUGCCGUAUCAUCUGAUGCCUCGCUCCUUCUUCUCCUCUAAAGCUAAGGUCAUUUAUAUUGCAAGAAACCCAAAGGAUGUUAUGGUUUCCUCUUAUCAUUUCCACCAAAUGGCCAGUUUUCUGCAUGACCCAGGAACUUUUGAAAAUUUUGUCGACAGUUUUCUAGCAGGACAGGUGAUGUUUGGAAAGUGGACUGACCAUGUGAAGAGCUGGAGAAACUCUAAUUUAGGAGAUGGAAUCCUCUAUGUCACAUAUGAGGAGCUGAUUGAGGACCUGCAUGGAGUUGUGGAACGUAUUGCAGGUUUUCUUGGUCGACAGUUGAGUGAAGAAAGUCUGAAACGUGUAACUGAACAUGCCGAGUUUAAAAACAUGAAGGACAACACAAUGUCCAACUAUUCACUGGUGCCAGUGGAAGUAAUGGACAAAAACAAAACACAUUUCCUCAGAAAAGGGAUUGCUGGAGACUGGAAAAAUCACUUCAGUGCCGAAUUGGAGGUCAAAUGUAAUGCAUCAAUUUCUGAAGAAUUGCAGGGAAUUGACGUUAAAUUUCCAUGGGAUAAAAAACUAAACAAAUGAAAAAAUCUUUAUAGUGCUUGAGCAUUUGUGAUAUUUUAAAGGAUAAAUGGUUUUAAGGCAAACUGUGAAAAACAGAAUUUACAUGUUAUGAAUGAAGGAUGAUUUAAGGUUUCGGUUGGCGCCUUUGUCUCUUAUUGUCUGUUAUAUGCUAUUCACAACUUUUUCCACAUCAUGGUUACAAAUUAGUGUAAUGUUACAUAACCCCAGCUAAAACAUGCACUCACCAACAGUUGCAAGAAAAGGCUGUAAAUUAUUUCAAA